AUGGCAACCGUCCAAUCUCGCACGCCCGGCAAUAGCCAUCCUCCUCUUCCUUCUAUUCCUCCUCCACCGCCUCCUGAUGCUCUUCCCUCCUCUUCUGCCAACGACAGCACCACUCGUUUGAGCGCAAACAACUCGGACACUGCUUCGCGUCGAUCCUCGCUCGGAUUCUUGCGUCGUUCUAAAUCAACCGAACCGCUCUCCGAGCGCAAGAGCUCCAACGGCAAAAUCAGCAGGAAAAUGAAAGAACAGAUGAGAGAAGAGGAGCUGCGUCGUCAGCGCGAAUCGAUUCCUAAACAAGCCCCUCGUCUCCCUGAUCUCGCACCCGCUCCGAGAAUGCAGACCUUUGGUGGAGAGGAACAAGUCGCUAAUAUGCCUGCACCAGCCACUGAGAGUCGAGCAAGCUCCGCCCAUCUCAGCAUGCCGCCGCCGGCAAUCGAUCCUUACGCACGAACUGAGAGCAUGACUCAUCGUGGUCGUUAUAGCUAUGCCAGCAGUGCGGUCAGCACCAUCAAUAGCCCCCGCAGACUGCGACGACGCAAGGACCCUACCCCUUACAAUCUCCUGGUUGUUGGCGCUAAGAACAGCGGAAAGACAUCGUUUCUCAACUUCUUGCGCAAGUCGCUUGCGCUCCCUCCAAACAAACUUCCCAUCCGCUCUUCCGAAGAUAUCUUAGAGGAAAUCAACUCGUCAUCCAACCCCAACUUUAUAUCGCACUAUCUGGAAACCGAAAUCGAGGGCGAGCGGGUUGGCCUUACACUAUGGGAUUCCGAAGGCUUGGACAAAAAUGUCGUCGAUCUGCAGUUGCGUGACAUCACCGCUUUCUUGGAGAGCAAAUUCGAGGACACUUUGAUGGAGGAGAUGAAAGUCGUGCGCUCUCCCGGUGCUCGCGACACUCACAUUCACUGCGUUUUUUGGAUUCUCGAUCCUGUCCGCUUGGACUCCAACCUUGCCGCAGCUCAGAAAGCUGCCGGACAAGCUGACGGCAAAUACACCAACGCAUCGCGCGUCGUUGGUAUCCUUGACGAGGAUAUUGAUCUCCAAUUUCUUCGCGUGAUGCAGGGCAAGACAGCCGUUGUACCUGUCAUCAGCAAAGCUGACACCAUCACCACUGCGCACAUGGCGUACUUGAAGAAGGCGGUUUGGGAUAGCUUAAAGCAGGCCAGAAUCGACCCAUUGGAAGUUCUCAUAUUGGAAGAGGCAGAGGAGGAGGAGGAGGGGGAGGAGGAGGAAGAUUCAGAAGCUGCUACUGACGAAGAUGAAAACUCGGAUGUCACGCCAGUUGCAGAAGAUGAAACAUCCGAGGACAAAGCCGAAGCUGAGACAGAUGAAGACGCCGAGGUACAAGAGAAAGCCCCCAAAGCGUCGCCCACACGAAGCCACAAGUCAAAUAACUCGAUCUCAAUUACUUCCACCACUGAUACGCCCUUCAUCCCUCUCUCUAUCCUGUCACCAGACCCUCAUUCUUUGGAUACGCCAAACCUGCCCGUCGGUCGACACUUCCCAUGGGGUUACGCCGACCCUUAUAACCCGGAGCAUUGCGAUUUCGUGAAACUCAAGGAGUCGGUCUUUAGGGACUGGCGUGCCGAGCUGCGCGAAGCCAGCCGCGAGGUUUGCUACGAACGUUGGCGCACAAGUCGGUUGAAUAUAAAACAGGAUGCUCCGAGAAAGCCUAACCAUGGCGGACGUUAUGGACCUCCGCCAUCGAAAAGCGGUCGCACAACUCGAUAG